UCAUUUUGUCAACUUGGCGGUCGCAUAAAUAUAUAAGUAUCAAAUAGCAGCUGCAUUUAAAAUACUGUCAAUACUGUUAUCAUCAUCAUUAAUUUGAAAAUGAAAAUAAUGAACACUCAAGAGUAUAUUAUUUUAAUUUUUGCCGUUUCAUUUUGGAUGGCGCCGAUUUCUGCUGACAUGUCCCAAGCAUACGAUCCCUUUGACUGGCAGACCUCGCGGUCUAUGAUGGACAUUUCUAAAUCGACAUCAUUCGAAUAUGACAAGUUUGGGUUUGAAAACUCAAACUCCGAUGAAUACGAUUACAUAUUAUAUGAAAAUGUUUACGAUUACACCGUACAAAAUCUCGAUGGACAGGAAGUUUGUUUGAGAAAAUAUGCUGGACAAGUAUUGAUCAUUGUGAAUUACGCGUCCACGUGUGGUUUCACCUUCGAAAACGUGUGCAAUCUUUCCAAGCUGUCUGAAAAGUACAGAAGACAAGGCUUAACGAUACUGAUGUUUCCCAGCAAUGACUUCUUCCAGAAUAUCGCUGGGAAUACUGCAGCAGAAAUGUUGGCACGAAGUCAUCCUGAAUUCGAAGUGUUUUCGCAAAUUUGCGUAAAUGGCAAAGACACACAUCCGUUUUACAGAUUUCUCAAGUAUAAGUUACCAGGCGCUUUCAAAUCAAAAAGUAUAAAAUGGAAUUUCACAAAAUUUAUAAUAGACAGAAACGGAUGUCCUGUUAAACGAUAUUCCACAAAAGACAGUUUUCAGGAUAUAGAAGAAUGUAUACAACAAUUGUUAAUGGAUCAAUCUUGCAAAUUUGACGAUUAAAUCAGUAUUAUCCAGCUACCUAUUCGAUUUUAAUACACAAAACAAAUUUCGUUUUCCAUUAUAGCCAGAUUCAAUCUGACACAUACUUGUAUUAUUAUGCUAUUAUAAAAAAAUAUUACUUUCAUAAUCGUAUAUUUUACUAUAUUUUAACUUUGUUAUAAUUAAACGUAUUGAAUCAUUUUUAAUAAAUUUAAAAUGCAGGUAAAAAAAUAA